AUGGCUGGACAACAUGAUAAUGAAGAUCCAAUCGGAUUACAUGAUCAACAGUUGAAAUUUCCAGAAUAUAGAUUCACAGAACAUGUAGGUGAAGAUGAAGCAAGUCGUUAUCCUAUAAGUGUAUCUCAAAAUCGAGGUGGAGAAAGGAUUCUGCCAGUAAGAGCUUUAAAUGAAGUUUUUAUCGGUGAAUCUUUAUCUUCAAGCUAUCAAAGCCUCCAUAAUAGUCAAACGCCAUUACGCGGAACUUCAGAACAAAUUUCCCCAUGUAUACACGAAACGUUUGGUUGUAGCUUACAAAAGAAAUCAAAAUCUUAG